UAAAUCCUGACAGAGAAAAACAAGUUGGGCAGACAGUAGCAGCGCAGACUGGGAUCAGUGUUGUGUAUAAAAAAUUAUCCUUAAAGUAUUUCAGUACAUUUCUCAUCUUUGGAUCCCACAUUACCAUGGGGACAAUUACAGUCUUUCUCCUCUGCAGCUUUGUAGUUUUCCAGAUUGUUUGUACAGUGGGUACUGCUCAGAAUAAGGUGACUUUACUGCCGGACAAGCCCUUUGUGAGGUUGCACGUCCUUGACAAAGCUGAACUGGAGUGCUGCUACUCCAAAAGUGAGACGCAAGUGGAAAUCAAAUGGUACCAUCAAACCACCAAAGACAUACAGAAAGUGAACCCCACAGAACGCGUGACUCCAAAAGACAUUAAGUGCCAUGCCAAUGGCAAUUGCUGUGGCAUGCUCAUCUUGGAUCUGGUCCGCCAGAAUGACACUGGGCUGUACCAGUGUCUGCUUACCUUCAAUAAUGAGGAAAUCAUGUCACAUGGCACCUACCUGCAGGUCUACAAGCCGAUGGAGAAGACAAUAAAUAUGAGCGAGAGCACCAAAAACAAGAUCCUGACAGCUGAGGGAAUCUUACUGCUACUGUGUGUGCUGCUGCCCUCUAUCUCCCUUCUCUCCAAGGUGAAGUUGUGCCAUUUCACAGAUUUACCAACUUCUGGUUUCCCCUCACAGUCAAAGAGAAUAAAUGAACUGAAGAAGAUAAAAGUGACAAGUGAAGAGGAAAACAUAUAUCAGGGGCUAAAUCUGGACGAGUGCUGGUCCACAUAUGAUCAGAUUGAACGUCCCCAGACACGUGGCCAGUACCAGGAUGUCGGCAACAUAAAGGGGUUGGAGGAGGAGGAGAUCCAGCUGGAAAAACCCUGAAGGAAAUGGGAAAGAUAAAGAAAGGGAGAGUGUUGAGUGUAUUUAAAGGGCUGACGUACAACUCUGUGAUAUCUUAAUAGCAUCUUCAUUCUUUACCACAGGCAUUUGGAGUUUUGUACAGAGCAUGCAGCUACAGUUUUAGCAUCUGAUAACAUAUCUUGUAAGCAGUGUGUUUAUGUGGGAUUGAACAUAGAUUAAAGAACUGGAAACAGCAGGAGUUGACUAAAAAGUCUUACCAAUGGCACCACCCAUCACACUCAAUAUUGGCCAGUAUUAUAGAAAUAGGAAGUUCUGAUGUUCAAACUGAUUGUAAAGAUAUUUGAUUUCUACAAAUGAGUGCUACUAACAGCAAUAUACGUAAAUGUGUCUUCCACUCCAUCAUUUAUCAAACCUUGUAUUCCAAUGAAGUUCAAGAAACGGAGGCUAAAAAUUAGGCUAUAUGUCUCUGGACUUUGCAUUUUGUAUGUAUAAUAAAUAAACUUGCAGUGGAAAGUAGUUACAACAGUCAACAUGGACAAAAAGAGUUCAGAUUUUUGUUAACACAUAUUAAACCAGGCAACUUCCUCUUUUGAAAAAUAUUGUAUGAUGUAAAUCAAAGCUCGAAAAUAGCUUCUUAGUGUAACUGGUGCUGAGACGGUUUUGUUAAAAGUUUCUUUAAUGUUCAUUUAAAUGAUUAAAGAUUUCUUGUAUUUUA